UUCUUUUACUAGUAAUUUUCCAAUCUCUGCUUCAGUAAAACUUAUUCACAGCACACACCGACUGAUAACUUCUGCCAGGGCUGACUUUCCAGGAGAAGACUAAGGACGGAGAGGGAAGCGAACGUCUUCCUGCGGCGCGCGAGUAUGACGUACAGAAAUGGUGAAUGACGAGUUCGUAUUUGGGCACCCGAGGCUGGAGGGGAGGAUUCUAAACCGGGAGGCGAGACCAUCUGUACCAGAUAGAAGAGGGGAUGACGCGGGAUCGACUCCCGUCAGGUAUGCUCUUCAAAUAACUACGAGUCGUAGUUUUUCAUAAAAAAAUAAGGUGGAAUCAAGGAAGAUGGCUUCAAAUCCUCCUGGACAAGGCUUCCAGAAUAAAAACAGGGUUGCCAUCUUGGCUGAGUUGGACAAGGAGAAACGGAAGCUGCUCAUGCAAAACCAGUCAUCGACAAAUCACCCUGGAGCCAGCAUCUCUCUGUCUCGAUCCUCCCUUAAUAAGGAUUUUCGUGAUCAUGCUGAGCAGCAGCACAUAGCUGCACAACAAAAAGCUGCUUUGCAGCAUGCUCAUGCACAUUCCUCAGGAUAUUUUAUAACCCAGGACUCUGCUUUUGGAAAUCUUAUUCUUCCUGUAUUGCCACGCCUUGAUGCAGAGUGAGAGAGAAUCCUUGGGAGGAAGAACAUCGGUCUUCAUCUAAUCCUACAGUUGCUGCCUUUCAAGACUUUUCAGUCAAUGGUUUAAAAAAUAAGAGGGAGAGGACUCAAAACUGGAGAUACAUAUUCUUAAUUGUAAAGACUUUCAUUUUGGUUCUAAGUGCCCCCACGCCCCGUGGACAUUAAAUUACUUACAAGUCCUGGUA